UGAGUGGUGGACAGACAGUCAGUGUGAGGAAGGCACCGUGGGAGGAGUCAGUGACAGUGGAGUGUGUCAUCAAUCAUACUCAAUACAUCUAAGACUCCUCAGACUUACAGAAUCUCUCACCUCUUAUCAUAAGUGUCGAUUACAGAUAUAUAUAUAUAUAUAUAUAUAUAUAUAUAUAUAUAUAUAUAUAUAUAUAUAUAUAUAUAUAUAUAUAUAUAUACAUAUAUAUAUAUAUAUAUGUAAAAAGCCUCUUGAAAACAAACCACAGAAGAAACGCAUAAGUGCCAAUGACCUUUUAAAAUACAAAUUUAAAAAGUUUAAUCCGUGGUUCCAAGAAUUCCUCAAACUUAAGUCAACUUUAGUUCAGCUUCGCCACCAUACCAAUACACCAAACUCGUUAAGUUAUUCCACAAAUACACUCAGCCUGUUAAGUCAUCCCAUAUUCCAUUUUUUAUCCUUCCAUAUGUGGCGUCCAAAGUGAUAUCCCAUUGAGACACAUUAGUGAAGACUGAAAAAAAACAACAACAAUAAUCUAAGAAAGGAAGAAACAAGCAAUAAUAAAUAAAAAGUGGUGCUUGAACUGUCAAAUAUCCCACAAACACACGCACGCACAUGGUCACACACACACACGCACACGCUAAGGACUGUGGGAUUUGGGUUUCCUAAAAGAAACAUAGAUAAAAAUUUGUUUACACCAUAAUAAAAGGUUGUAGAUGAGGAAUUCUGUAUCGUGGAGACCUUAACCAGACCUAUCAGUACUGUGGAGGUUGUCGGAGAGGAGAGUGAAGUGUGAUGGCUGGGUGUCCGCGCCUUGUGAGGUGCUUACCAGGUGCCACCACCACCCUCACACUAGCACUACUGGCCCUCCUUCUGCCUCCUGCUGCCCACGGGGAGACGAAGGGCUUCACCAUUGACGACAUCAUGCCCCUGGACAAGAGCAACUACGACAAGAUGCGUCCGCCCAAGAAGGAAGGGAAGGCGACUGUUGUGUUCUUCCACGUUACUGUCAUGGGCAUCGACUCCAUUAAUGAGAACUCUAUGACCUACGCUGCCGACAUCUUUUUCGCCCAGACCUGGAAAGACCACAGACUUCGCCUCCCUGAGAACAUGACAACAGAGUACAGGUUACUGGAUCUGGACUGGUUGAAGCACUUGUGGCGACCCGACAGCUUCUUCAAGAACGCCAAGCAAGUCACCUUUCAGACCAUGACCAUCCCCAACCACUACGUCUGGCUGUUUCAGGACUCGAAGAUCCUCUACAUGGUCAAGCUAACGCUGAAGCUGUCGUGCGCCAUGAACUUCGCCAUCUACCCUCACGACACCCAGGAGUGUAAACUACAGAUGGAGAGCUUGUCCCACACCACGGAAGAGCUGGUGUUUGAGUGGGACACGGAUGUUCCUCUUGCAGUAGACGAGAGCAUUGAACUGCCUCAACAAGACAUCAUCAUGAAUUACACUUCAGACUGUACUCAAGUGUAUUCCACGGGCAACUUCACGUGUCUGGAGGUGGUGUUUAGGCUAAAGAGACGUCUAGGCUACUACGUCUUUCACACCUACAUCCCCACCUGUCUUAUUGUUAUUAUGUCUUGGGUAUCCUUUUGGAUCAAGCCAGAAAUCGCGCCAGCACGAGUGACGCUGGGAGUGACAUCACUACUGACACUCUUCACUCAACAAGCGAAAUCGCAGGCCUCCUUACCGCCUGUGUCCUACAUCAAGACCAUCGAUAUUUUCAUGUCCUCCUGCACAGUCUUUGUGUUCAUGGCGUUAAUCGAGUACGCGGUAGUGAACAUCAUCCUGGGUGACGGAUCAGGCGAGGCAGCCAAGGGGCCAGCUAAACCGGAGCCCAAACCCAGUAAAGCCACCGAACUGGCCAUCAAGGAGAGCAGACGGUUCCUGUUGGGAGAACCGCCCAAGCCAGCUGGUCCGUCGCCAGCGCAAAUCCGUCGAGGUCGGGCGCUGAUGGUAGAUCGCGUCUCACGGUACCUCUUCCCCCUCUCCUUCGCCCUCCUCAACGCCGUCUACUGGUUCAGUUUCAGGCAGUACCUCUAGGACCUUCAUCUCCUGACGGGGCUUUGGUGUCCCUGGGAAGUCCAAGACUACGAACUGGCGAUAUGAUAAGUCCAGCAACGCCUCGACCCCAACUUAUAUGAUUCGUUGAGUCUUAUCUAUUUAUCAGCUGAAAACUAUCAGUGGUUUCCUUUAACCAUCAACGACUAGUGAGUUCCUUAGACUACUCCUCAAGAGCCACAACUUCAGGAAGAAACUCCUUUCACGUGAGACUCCCAUUAAGGCCAGGUUUAAUUAUGGGCACAGUAAUAAACAAAGUGUAUUCUUGUUGUUAAAAUAGACCCAACAUUAACUUUUAAUUGUAUGUAGUUAUUAAUAUUGUUUAUGAUAUUUUACGGUAGACUUACUAAUUCUCUCACCAACUGGUGACACACUACACCUGACCAACACUGUAACUGUACUAUACAAUAUGAUGACAUAAUGGUAGAUACUUAGUAAUUAAUAUGGUAUAUUGGUUUACGAAUAUACUGUACAGUAUAUAAUCUGGAUCACAAGCACAUGACAGGCACUGGUAGACUGGCAAAUUGAGGUUACAAGCAAGCAGACAAAUAAUAAUAUGAAGUAGAGGAAGUAGUUGCAGUAGUCAUGCAGUAUGUUACCACUAAAUCAUGGUAUGUAGCAUUACCAAUAAUAAAUAAUAAUAAAUACAUAAAUAAUGUAAUUAGAGACAAUAAAACUUUAACUUAAGCUGCCAAUAU